GCAGCCCCUUCUACCUGCUCCCUGACCCCAGUGGCAGCCCCUUCUCACUGCACUCUCUGCUCUGUCUCUCCCCAGAUCGAGGCUGCUCUCAUUCUUCUCUCCCAGUCUCUCAUUCCCACUCUGAUCCAGCCGGGGGACCCUCAGGGUCGAAGGUUUCGCCCUGUCUGCUCAGACCUCCACCUCCUGACAGCACCUCCCGACCCCCAGCCUCCAUGGACCGGCUCACAGCACAAGACUGAAGGCAGCCCAGGGACCUCUGCAGCCGGGAGCGAGGCACCUCCAUUGUUAAUGAACGUAUCCCCAGGGCUCGCCGUUGGCUGACACAUGAUGCUCGCGCCCCUCCGCUGUUCCUGUACACAGUGAAUUGCUCAUGUCUAUAAGGAGGAAGGAUGGCUCAUGGUAUUCCCUCACAAGGAAAAGUAACAGUGACUGUGGACGAAUACAGUUCCAAUCCCACCCAGGCCUUCACACAUUACAACAUUAACCAAAGCAGAUUCCAACCCCCUCACGUUCACAUGGUAGACCCAAUCCCUUAUGACACUCCGAAACCAGCUGGCCACACGCGUUUUGUCUGCGUCUCUGACACGCACUCCAGGACAGAUGGCAUCCAGAUGCCAUACGGAGACAUCCUCCUGCACACGGGUGACUUCACCGAGCUGGGCCUGCCUUCUGAGGUUAAGAAGUUUAAUGACUGGUUAGGAUCGUUACCGUAUGAAUAUAAAAUAGUGAUUGCAGGGAAUCAUGAACUUACUUUUGAUAAGGAAUUUAUGGCUGAUCUUGUUAAGCAGGAUUACUACCGCUUCCCCUCGGUCUCUAAAUUGAAACCUGAAGACUUUGACAAUGUGCAGUCACUCAUCACCAACAGUAUUUAUCUGCAAGAUUCAGAAGUAACUGUGAAAGGCUUCAGAAUAUAUGGCGCACCCUGGACACCAUGGUUUAACGGAUGGGGAUUUAAUCUUCCUAGAGGCCAGUCUUUACUUGACAAGUGGAAUCUUAUCCCAGAGGGCAUCGAUGUACUAAUGACUCACGGACCUCCUCUUGGUUUUCGGGACUGGGUACCAAAAGAGUUACAGAGGGUCGGCUGUGUAGAGCUGCUUAACACUGUGCAGAGGAGAGUCCGACCUAAGCUGCAUGUAUUUGGUGGAAUCCAUGAAGGUUACGGGAUUAUGACAGAUGGUUACACAACAUACGUCAAUGCCUCAACGUGUACAGUCAGCUUUCAACCAACCAACUCACCAAUUAUUUUUGACCUUCCCAAUCCCCAAGUAUCAUGAAGACUCUACGCACACCUGGGAUGAAUGGGUCUAUAAACUGACUUUUUUUGGUUUCAUAAUAAAACAACUAUCUUGCCCUUUGUAACCAUUUCCAGAUAAUGGAUUUUUUUUUUUUUUUUUUACCAUUUAUGCUGGUACAAAGAAAACCAACCUGAUAUAAAAAAAAAUAAAAAAUAAAAAUCAGUUUCUGGUUUAAAAAUAGCAACUUUUAAGUUUAAUUUAUCACCCAUUGCUGUGUCCUCAGAAUGCUAUUGUAAAUUGUAUAUAUCACAGGAGGUUCACCAAACUAUACAGUAUAUAACAUUAAUAUAACAAAAAUAAAUAAUAAAAAAAAGCUUUUUUUAUUUUUAUUUUGUACCACCGGAAUUUGCACAAUUUAUUUGUUUUUAGUGUUUGUAUUUUUUUUUUUUAACUGUUAUAGAAUUUGUGAGAUCUUUCUACCACCUAACGGUGCAUUUUCCAAUGAUUUUCCCCAUUUAUUCUUAGCUUAUGAAAACCUUUUUUUGUACACUUAUUUUUUAAUCCAUUUAUGUGUUGUUGUUGUUGUUGUUGUUGUUGUUGGUUUUUUUUAUUAUAUAUAUUUUUUUUUUGCACGUGUAAUUUUUAUUAAAUUAUUUUUAUCUUUAUUAUGUAUGGGGCUGAAGCAGCUGUAAAGAAACGUUCUGCCAUACAUUAAGACAUGUAAAUGCAGACUCCUUUUAAAUAUGGAUUUAUAUAUAUAUAUAAGUAUUUUUUGUGUGUGGGAUUUAUUAUUGGCGGUAUCUCCUGUACACAGCACACCUAAAUUAUGAAGGAUGGGAUACACUUGCAAGUGUCCUUUUCUGCAGAGGUAUCCGUGUGCAGUUUUAGGCAUGUGUUGAAUGAAACGAAUACAAUCAAGACAAGAAGCUCUUUGUUGCUCUUUUUUUAAGCACUGUUGAGUCCCUCUCUCCCCAAUUCCUCUACCCAAUUUUCUGUCCCCUUUCAUAUGUUGCACUGUGUGUAAAUGCAAUCUUGCUAGCACAAAAAUAUUGUUGCAAAUUUACUUGGACCUCUGUAAAUGCUUUGUCCUGUUAUUUUUUCUUUUCUUUUUUGUUAAUUUUUUCGUUUUCCUUUUUCAUUUUUGCUACCUUGUUAAUGGACUUUAGAAAACCAGUGGUUUCUUUUAAAUUUAUUGUGAUAUUAUAUAUCUAGCGCCUUUAUAUGCAAAUAAAAUUGCAAGAUUUUUAAA